UCAGUAUUAACACAAACUCUUUUAAGACAAACAUCUCCACUAAAUAGCAUCUAAAUUUUUCCAACUUUAAAAUUAACCAGAUUAGCAUAGAUAAAUAUAAAAAAAAAAUAAAAAAAAUGUUUGUAAAAAGAUUUGUUGAAUUCAGUAAUAAAUAUAAAAUUAUACGUGGCAUGAUUUCCUAUGGAUUACUAUAUCCCUGUGGUUCUUUGGCCGAACAGACUCUGAUAGAGAAGAAAACAUUUAAGACAUAUGAUUGGAAAAAAUGUGCCAAAUUUAGUUUAUUUGGUUUUUUCUUUAUGGGUCCAACAAUCUAUGCCUGGAUGCGUUUAGCUAGCAUUAUGUGGCCACGCACCGACAUUAGAUCGUCAAUGUGUAAAGCAAUAACAGAACAGGUAGCCUAUGAUCCAAUGGCGAUAAGUACAUUUUUAUUUACCAUGAGUUUAAUGGAGGGUAAAACCGUAGAGGAAGCUAGACGAGAGGUAAGUGUUAAAAUUUGUUAAAGUUUUUUUUUCUUC